AUGACGACAAAAAUCAUUUAUUUCAUGGUUAACGGGAAGCUGGAGCAAGCCGAGCUGGGAGCCGACUGCUCUGCUGCAGAUGUCAAAGAUCUGUUUCGAGUGGCGGCGGAGGCAGGGCCGCACCACAUCCUGAAGAUGUACAACACAAACGGCAGCGUGGUGAACAUCUCCCCCCGGCUGGAAGCCAACAGCGUGGACUCGUACUACCGGCUGGAGGUGGUGGCGUCGGAUCUGCAGAACUCUUUAAUUCUGUUUCUUUCUGCAGGUGUGGCGAUGCCGCUGGAGCUGGACAGCAUGGAAUACAGGCUGCGUCACCUGGAGAACAAAGUAACUGAAGAUGUGGGAAAGACUCCAGAUAUCAUCUGUGAGCUGAAGACCCAAGUGGAAUCUUUCAAGAGAAAGCUGGAGAGCGUGGAGCACCUGAGCUGGAUGGGCCUGUUUAGGUACGACUGCGACCAGCAGCUCUCCAAGUCGUCCCAGAAACCCAAACUGCCUCAGAUGAGUGUGCAGGAGGAGCACCAACGAGUCCGCAUGAAGUUCUUCAACAUGAGCUCGCUGCAGGUGACAGAGGAGGUGCGAGAGCAUCUGAAAACUCCCAUUUUUGACAACUGGCAGUGGGAGGAGGCAGAGAUGCUGGUGCUGCUCCAGGUGAUGUACACCGACCUGGACUUCCUGACGGCGUUCAACAUGGAGGUGGAGGUCCUGCAGAACUUUCUCUUCGAGGUGUACUGCCACUACAACAACAUCCCCUUCCACAACUUCCAGCACUGCUUCUGCGUCACGCAGAUGAUGUACGGGCUGAUCUGGCUCACAGAUCUCAGGAGCAAACUAGGAAGGAUUGACCUGCUGAUCAUGCUGACCUCGGCUCUGUGCCACGACCUCGACCAUCCCGGCUACAACAACGUCUACCAGAUCAAUGCUCAGACUGACCUGGCUCUUCGCUACAACGACAUUUCACCUCUGGAAAACCACCACUGUGCCGUCGCCUUUGGCAUCCUGGCCAAGCCAGAGUGCAACAUCCUUAAAAACCUGACCACUGAGCAGUACAAACUCAUCCGAGGAGGAAUGAUCAAAUGCAUCCUGGCCACUGACAUGGCGAGACACAAUGAAAUCCUCAACAAGUUUAAAGUCCUGCAGCCGGUGUUUGACUUCACCAACAAGGACCACAAGGAAGUGCUGAUGAAGAUCAUGGUGAAGGUGAGCGACAUCUCCAACGAGGCGAGGCCGAUGGCGGUGGCCGAGCCCUGGCUGGACUGUCUGCUGCAGGAGUUCUUCAACCAGAGCGACACAGAGAAACUCAAAGGGCUUCCAGUGACUCCAUUCAUGGACCGAGACAAAGUGUCCAAACCGUCCUCUCAGACCAACUUCAUCCGAUUUGUUCUCCUGCCGCUGUUCAGCGAGCUCACCAAACUGUUCCCCUGUCUGGAGCAACAUAUUCUAGAGCCGGUGCGAGGAGCCCUGGAGUAUUACUCUAACCUGGAGAGAGCCACCAAGGAGGAGGGGGCCACCGCCAAACCGUGA